AUGUCAGCCCGACAACCCCCCCGUUCCUCGCCACAAAAAUGGACCUGGGACAACGACUACGACGUCCGCCGCGACCUACUCGGCUACGGCCCCAAUCCUCCAAAUCCCAACUGGCCCAACAACGCCAAACUCGCCCUCUCCUUCGUCCUCAACUACGAAGGAGGCGGCGAGUACAGCGUCCUCAACGGCGACUCUCAUUCAGAAAGUUUCCUCUCCGAAUCCAUAGGCAGUCCACCCGUGCAGCAAGGCCGUAAUCUCAACAUUGAGUCCAUGUACGAGUACGGCAGCCGCGCAGGAGUCUGGCGCGUCUUGAAUGUCUUCGCCGACGCUGGGGUGCGAGGGACGGUCUAUGGGGUUGGUAAGGCAUUGGACGAUAAUCCCAGGGUGGUGACGAGAUGUUUGCAGAUGGGCUGGGAAGUGGCCGCGCAUGGGGAUCGAUGGAUUGAUUAUCAUGACAUGAGUGUGGAGAAGGAGUGUCAGGAUGUUGUGAAUUGUGCCAGCGUGAUUCGACAGCAGACGGGUGAGCCGCCGAAGGGGUGGUAUAUUGGACGUCUUUCGCCUCGGACGCAUAGGAUUAUUUAUCAUGUUUAUAAGGAGAAAGGUUGGGAGCAGCCGUGGUUGAGUGAUUCGUACGCGGAUGAUUUGCCGUAUUGGAAGCCCUUACCUAAUGGGUGUGAGGGUAACGGGAGGGAAUGGCAGUUGGUACUGCCCUACAGCUUGGACUGCAAUGACUUCAAGUACCUCAUGCCGAACAACUGGUCGAGCUCUGAGGACUUCUUCCAGUAUUUGAAAGAUUCGUUUGAUGAGCUUUACCGGGAAGGCGAGAAAGGAAAAGCGAAGAUGAUGAGUGUUGGGUUGCAUGCUAGGAUUAGUGGGAAGCCGGGGAGGAUUGGGACGGUGAGUAGGUUUGUGGAGUAUGUGCAGAGUAAGCGGGACGUGUGGAUAGCUACGAGGACCGAGAUCGCUGAGCAUGGGCGGCAGACGGAUCCAUACCCGGCAGAAUGA